AUGGAUAGACACAACUGUCAGUUCGCCAGAGACCCAUUUCUUCGAGGACCCACUACUGGACAAAAGGAGCCGUCAGGUAAGGUCAAACAACUAAUUGUAUUACAUAUCGGGUCGUCUGACGGUUUCGUUCCUAAAGGUCUAUUAUCUUUUGAAUCAAAGAAAAAUACACUGGAUUAUCAUGAUGAGAUGAACGGGGACACGUUUUACGACUGGUUUAUCAAAAUUCUACCAUCUCUUAAGAACAACGCCAACUCGCUAAAAAAAUAUAAACCAUUGCAUGAAGAGUAUAUAAUAGACGAAGUAGCAAAAGAACACGACAAAAUAGUUUUACGGUUGCCUCCCUACCACUGCGAGUUAAACCCAAUUGAACUCGCGUGGUCUUGGAUAAAAAACUAUGUUCGUAUGAACAAUACCACAUUUAAAUUACAAGAUGUACAAGAGUUAUUAAAAAAAACAGUGGAUAACGUAACAAGUGAAAUGUGGAUGAAUUUUAUUAGCCACGUUAUAAAGGAAGAGGACAAAUUCUGGAAAAUUGAUUUUCUGUCUGAUGAUGUUUUGGACGCGGAACCAGAAACAACAGAAACAAGUGGGCAUUUACUUACAAUUACAGGCGACACAACUUCAGAUUCCGACGACGAAAACAUUUAA